AUGCCAUCAACCGCUCCAUCAAAACAUGCACGGAAGCUCCGAAGAAAUCCUCGAGCAUGCGACGCCUGCAGCCGGAGGAGUGUCCGAUGUCAACCCGCCCAAGACGACACCUCCUCAUGCCAGAACUGUGUUGACUAUGACGAACCUUGCACUUUCGAUCGACCCGGACGCCAACCAAGAAAGCGCCAUGCAAUUUCGGCCAGCGCCUCUUCGACUGUAUUGGCCCUAACGCCCCAGCUGGCAGAGAAAUCUGCAUCUCACUGGACACCCCAACUUGCCAUCAACCAGGCACUGGUCAUGGACUUGACAGAAAUAUUCUUCGAAGUCGUGUAUCCCGUAUUUCCGCUGUUCCAUCGCCCAUCAUUAGUACACAGAGUCUCCCGCGGCGAGCACCUUCAGAAUCGUCCUCUGUAUGGGUCGGUGGCAGCUAUGUGUGCACUUUCUGCCGCCCGUGCCCGUGAUGGCGCACUGCUGCGAUCAUCCUGGGACAUCUCCAAGCUGCAAGACCCGACAUCAGAACAGCUGUUCGAAGCUGCUGUGGACGCAACACCCAAGGACGUUCUAGGCGACCAGUCGCUCGACUACAUGCGCGCCUCCUUGCUUCUAGCUAUCACAGCGAUACAAUAUGGCUCCCCAAAAUUAAUGAAGUUCCACCUCUCCAGGUAUCAAACCUACGUGGCUGUCGGGUCUUUGCACGACGAGACGCACUGGCCGGCAGGGAUCUCCGUCAUCGAGGCUGAAGAGCGGCGGCGUGUCUUCUGGUCCGCCUACACGCUGGAUGUGUUCACGUCCAUCGUGUGGGGUGGAAUCAUCAGUAGUCGAGAAGCCUCUUCGAACGUUUCUUACCCUGCAGAAAAUGACGACGAAACCCUUGCGUCUACCAGCGUCCAAGAUGAGCCACUCAGCGUCAGUUGGCUGCGCGGCUGGAACUACGUUACUGACAUGUAUCGUAUAUUGGAGUACGCUGCAAGCGAUCUGCAGCGAUCCCGCGCCGCUGUGAUGAGGACACCCCGGAUUCAGGCCUUACAAAGCUAUCAUACGCCUUCACAAGCUACCGUCCUCGACCGCAUUACAUCAAUGUACGGCGACCUUCCCGAUAUCUUCAAGGUCGCCGCUCAGCCGACACACGAUCCGCGACGAGAUUUGUUCAGCUUUCAAGCGGCAAACAUUGCUGCCACAGUCCAACUCGUUCGCAUGGUCUAUUUCAGCAGCGACGAUUCAACCCUACAGCAAAAGUGCCAGGUCGCCAGCGAGGUCCUUACUGGUUUUGCAGGUAUGCCUACGGCCUACCUUCGUGCGAUUAGCUCACCGCUAUUCCAUCACCUCGCCGAAAUAGGGAGAAUCUUCGGUGCCGCCUUUGGUUCAAGAAUGAGCGCAGCACUCUAUCACUCGGUACGCUCGGUUCUUCUCGACCUUGCCGCUUUUUUGGCCGACCUAGAGAAGAGGCUUUGCUGUGCGACUGAUGCGAGCAAAAAGGUCGAGUCACAAGUCGUGCGCAUUGAUCGAUUCAUUCAUGAGCAGCAUCAAUUGCUCAGCGAGCCUUUGACUCAAUUCGUGGGAGAUGGCAAUUCUGAAAGCACCGACGUGGUGCCUGUUGCACUGACUGGACCAGACGUGGACCAGCAGUCGCUGGACAUCAGCUUUCCACCGGAGCUCUUCGAAGACUGGAAUUGGGCCUUUACUUUCACAUGA